AUGGCCGGCGAGCCCCAGAAGAAGCAGCACUUGUCGGCGCUGGUGGGGCACACCAACGGCUUCACCAAGCCCGCUUCCCUGGCAGCUGUGGCCGGCGUCCGAAGCGGGCCGGCCGGCUCUGGAGCUGCCGCUGGAGGGGCCACGUCCAAGAAAUUAGUGAUCAAGAACUUCAGAGGUGGGUGUGCAAGCGCCCCUAGGAUGCUGGAGGUGGAAGGAGAUGUUCGCGUGUGGGACUCGUCUCCCCUGUUGGUUUGGGUUUUGUUUUUUUGCAAGUGAACGUGUCGCGCUCAUCAACACCCUCAUUUCAAACGUUUUGUUCUGAUUUCUUUUUCGUCCCCAUUUGAAUAGCUCGUUUAGAAAUGCAACCUGGUGGUGUUUUUUUCCCUCCCACCCCUUUGCAGAUGUGCUUAAGGGGUUGUCAGAUUCAAAGGCGGGAUUCUAAAAAUGGUGUAAAAGUGGGUUUUCCUUGGGUGACGAGUUAGGGAUACAAAAUGGUUUCUCCUACACUGUCGGUUUGGGGUUUUUGUUUGUUUGUUUGUUUGUUUAAUGUUACUGACCUGCCUUGUUUUGCACCUGGGGAUAUUAGGCGGUCAACAUCACAAAUGUGGAUAGGGUUGUUGUUGUUCAUUGAAUUUAUAUAUCGCCCUAUACCCCAGGGGUUAUCUCUUAAUAUCCUUGAAACCUGCCUUUCAGUGCAAGCCUACACACACACACACACACACACACACACACACAGAAGUAAGCCCCACUGACUUCAAUAGGACUUCCUCCCAGGUAAGUAUGCAUAGGCUUGCAACCCUAGUUGCAUUUGAGGAUGGGGUUAGAGACAGAAGCUUAAUUUCUUGCCCCCAAGCCUCCUGCUAUGUUCUUAUGGGUGAACCUGCAAUUAUGAUGAUGGGAUGGGGCUCUCUAAAAAAUUAUGUGGAGUAAAAGGGUGUGAUCUUGUGAAUGUAGCUCAGAACAUUUUCACAUGUGGCAUUAAAAGUGACAUUUGACCUAACAGACAGCAAGCAAUUUUAAAACUGAUUGGUGAAAACAGUCUUACUUCUCUGUAUCUUUAAGAUUCACAUAUUUUAAUCGUAAUGCUGUUGACUUAUUAAUAUGAGUCAGCAGAAUUCCAGAAGUGUUCCUUGAUUUUAAAAAGCUCUUCAGGCACGCAAGAGUGUGAGUAUGUGUGUGUGUUUGUUUGCUUGCAUACAUACAUACAAGCUUGCUUGUAAACAUGCCUGAAUGCAGGAAACUUGAUAUUUACCAUACAGAUGUACUUGCUGUCAUCUUAAGCCUGGCUGGGGAGGGGUUGCUCUUUGUCAGGCAGACCAAGGACUCUAAGCAACUUUUCCUUGUUUGACAUGCAGGAGUAUAAGAGUGUUUGGCACUUUGCCUGGUCAGAUCAGUCACUGGCAGCCAAUCAGGAGCACAGGCCCCUUGGCUUGUGUUGACGUGUGACAUCCAUUGCCCUUUCCUCACUUUACUGUCCACAUGAGACCUCUCUAUAAGAGUGAAACUAGAUUUUGUUGCUGUUAUCACAGAGGCAGUUUUAAGUCUCAUAUUUCCUUCAUCUGUUGCUUGGCGUCCUGCUGCAUUGUCUGCAGGCCACCAGAUGACAGCAAGCUGCUGUGUACUGCAUGUUGUUUAAUUGUGUCUAACCGCUAUCCACUGCUUUCAUACUCUUAUCAUUAACAAAUUAGAAUCUGUAGACAUCACCUGAAAUGUUGAGGAAGUUAAAGUAUGCUAAGGAACAACUAAUCCUUUCAAUUUGAAGUAUACACUCUCAAGCAUCUAUACUUCUCAUGUGUCCAGUUAAACAUCUCCAAAAGAGAGAUUUCACUCCUAUGAAGCUGAGCUUUGUAUUUUUUUCACAAAACAUUACCGGUAUGUUACUUGCCUAAACUUAGUUAGCCUAACCCUUCUUUCUCACCCAUACCCACUUUAAUGCUGCAUAACAAAUUCAGGGACAUAUACAUACAUGACAGUUCAUUUUAGAAUAUAUGUGCAGCAACAGGUAUUACACGUACAGGGGAAUCCUAGGCAUGUUUCCACAGAAACAAGUCCCAAUAUGUUCAGUGGGAUUCACUCUCAAGUAAGUUUGCACAGAAUUGCAGCCUUCAUUUGUUCCAGUAGUAUAAUUUUGGUGUUCCUCGUUCAUGUGUGUUCCCUCAUAAUGUGAAUUUUUGACCUUUUGAAAAAAAUGCUGGAUACUGGCAGUUGCGUCCAGAGACAGAUCCACAAUUUUGCAGGUAUUAAAAGAAUAACAGCAGAGAACAUGUGUGAGGUUAGAAACAAUCCACUCCAUAUCCUCACAUUUUGAAAUUAGCUGAAAAAAUUGGGUGAUUGUGAUGAAUGGAUACAGAUGCACAAAUUCACCUUCAACUUUUUUAAAUAAGAAAAAAUGACUCUAAAAAUGAAAGGGCUGGAAUAAAGGGCAAAAUGAAAUGCUGGUCCAAAUUAGUUAUGAGGAAGCCAAUAUCCCUUUAAUAAAGUACUGACUAUUAACAUGCAGAAGUGGAGCACUAAUCAUCAUCAAUCAAGUGACAGGAAAUGGGAUAAAGUACAAAUUACACCUGUUCCUUGUACUACAUAUGCAGCCUAAUCCUAUGCAUGUUUAGUUGAGAGUAAAUCCCUUUCAGUUCAGUAGGGCUUACUUCCAAGCAUACAUAGGACUGAAGUCUUUGUGUGAGAGAGUGAGGCACAGAAUACUCUUAAUGCAGAUCAUGUGUAUAUAAGGGUACCCUUUUCUGCACAUUUGAAGUAGUGGUUGAAUGACUGCUGAUUUGGUGGAUUUUUGUAUUUUUCAGUUCGUGUUUGUAUGGAAUGGUGUUUCAUAAAAAGUUUAAAAGGUGUGUGAUCUCUUAUCACACUGUUUUAUUUCCAUUUAAAAAGCACUUUUCUUCAUGUUGCCUGUUGCAAAAGGUUGUAAUCUCCAAAUAAAAAUAGAAUAUGCUUUAUUUAUCGAUUAAGAAACCACACUCAAAAUUAUAAAGUUGUGAAAGAAUAUACCAUUCCUCACCCCUUGUUCUUUGUCUGUUUAACGCAGAGAGGCCCACUUUGCCUGAUAACUACACUCAGGACACAUGGCAGAAGCUUCAUGAAGCAGUCAGAGCAAUUCAAAGCAGUACAUCUAUUAAAUAUAAUCUUGAAGAGCUCUACCAAGUAAGAGUUUCGAGGUUUUUUAAAACACUUGUAUGAAUAAAAUGGAUAUUUUAGAAGUAGCAAUUUGGGAGAGUUUCUGUCUGUAACAAAGAAUACAUCAUGUGGAAAACCUGUUCUUGGACAUUUCUAAUGCCCUGAUGCCUAGAUUUCUCCCUGCAUGGGGUGCAUUCAGGUAUUUCUGCCCUUUAUCUGCACCUAUGCUCCAACUUUUUCCUAACUAAAUUCAGAACACACCCCAUUCCAUCCCCCCACCCUGCUCUCACCACUCUCCCUAACCCUCCUGCCCCCUCGCGCCACUCACUCUCACCCAGUGUUCUGUGAUCAGGAGAGUCAUGCCACACUGCUGGAUGGUAAGGCGCUUUGGUGUGACGCUGCUGACAAUCACCAGAGUGAGUGUCUUUUGGUUCAGUGCUUGAACCAGAGCACCAGACCAAAAAACGGAACAUUCCAGGAUCAAAACAGAAGCCGGAAUUGGCUUCUGUCAUCUGGGAUGUCCCAGUAGCAAUGGGACAGUUGGGGGAUCUGCCUGCAGUGUUGAACCUAUGGCAAGAAGCUAAAAAAUGGGCAAUAUUCAGGAAUGAUUAGGAUUGCAGUCCAACAACAUCUGGAGGGGCCCUAGGUUCCACAAGCCUAUAUCACUGUCUCUGCAAAAAUAACAAUUUUAGCAGGUGAUUUCUGCUCCCAUUUAACCUGCACCCUUAAAAUUCUCUUAGAACUUUAAUAGCUAUGUAGACAGGGCUUCUGUUAUGCCCCUUCUGGUUUCAUAAUCCUAAAACUGCAAGUAAUGCAUUCCUGCCGAUCUAAAUUUCAGCAAAAGGAAUGGUCAUUACAGUGGUAACCAGUUCUCAAGCCAUGCCAGCAUCUAUAGUUGAAAUUAUACUAGGGAGCAAACUUCACACUGUGGAAUAGAAGCUAAAAAAUGAAUCUUAUUAAACUGUGGCAAGAAGCUAAAAAAUGAAUCUUACUAAAAUGUCAGGAGGGGUGUGUUCUUAUAGAUUUAUACCAUAUUUUUCGCUCUAUAACAUGCACCCGACCAUAACACGCACACAGUUUUUAGAGGAGGAAAACAAGGAAAAAAAUAUUCUAAACGAAAGAGUGGAUGUAUGAUUUUUGUGGUUCAUGCUGUGGCCACAGACAUGUGAUCUGACGGUGAGUUUGGGGUAGCCCAAUGCAAAAAUCCUGAGGAUCCAUGUGGAUCCAUGCUUUGUAACCACGUUUUUGCACCACUGCGGCCCCAGGCAACAGUGGGUACGUGAUUUUUUUGGUGCAAGCUGUAGCCAUGGACAUGCUAUGUGAUCUGCUGGUGAAUUUGGGGUGACCCGUGUAAGCGGCUCCUCUCCUCUCCCACUUUGCUCCUUUAAAGCAAGCAGGCUCUCUGUCCCUCUCUCCUCCCCACUCAGCGGCUCUUCUCCCGCUUUGCUGUUUCAAAGCGAGCCACGGAGGAGGGAAGGAAGGGGAACCAUGGAUCCUCUGCUCACGACUGCAGCAGAUCCCCCUGUCAUGCGUAGGCAUUCACUCCAUAACACGCACAGACAUUUCCCCUUACUUUCUAGGAGGAAAAAAGUGAGUGUUAUGGUGCAAAAAAUACGGUAAAUAUACAAGGGGAGCCUGCAAGAAAAGAGUGCACUGUGGAAUGCAUUGUUGAGUCCAGCUAGUACGGCAGCCAUGCCUUCUCCCAGGACACUCCAUUUCCCCCAUUGCACCCAGUAUUCUCAUUUGGGUCUUCUUGGAUUAAUUUUCUUUUGAACUGUCUAUUUUGGAGCAUUUUCUCCAUAUUAUUCUCAGUGCUUGAAUAAACUGCUAGUAUUCUGUCUGGUGAAGCAGUUGCCCAGAAAUCUUCCCAUAAACUGAACUGUUUCAAGAAUAUAGUUAAGUAAGACAAAAUAGGUUUACCUAGAAGAGGACGGGGAGAUCUGUUGUCUCUCCCUGGGAUAUCUCUUCCAGAAGUAUUCUAUCCCUCCUUAAAAAAAUAAAUAAAAAGGAUCUGAAACCUGGGGGAGGGGAAGGAGGUGGUGGUGGCUACCUUGAUGAUGUUGAACUCUUUCUUUCUCUGUCCUCAUAUCCCAGGCUGUUGAAAAUGUCUGUUCUUAUAAAGCAUCACCCAUGCUGUAUAAACAGCUAAGACAAGUCUGUGAAGACCAUGUGAAAGCCCAAAUACUGCAGUUUAGAGAAUAUCCUUUUUAUAUACAAAAAACGCAGCUAAACAGUUAUUAA